UCACUGUGUGAAGUGUUUAUAUCAGUUUCAUAGCUAGAUCAGUCAAGUGUUUUACUAUAUCAAGGUUAAAUAUGAUUAUUCUUGAUGAAGUGGACAGAAAGCUUCAAUGUUUCAUUUAUUCUUCAGGGUCCCUGUGUAGAAACCAAGAGACGCAGAAUAUGCAGCAUCUUUUUGCCCUGCUGGUUCUGCUGCACAUGCAGGUUUGCCUGCUGUUGAAGGACUGCGAGUGGAAAGUUGUGCUCAACGAUUUUGAUAAUCUAGGUGGGGACCAAGCUGUGUUCUUUAGGCAGCACCCAGUCACUAGCGUAGCUUCUGUGUUCCAGAAUCUGACAGACUCGGCCAUAGACCUGAAUGAUAAAAAUUCGCACUACCUGGGCUUCCCAUACUACCUGAAAAUCAGUCUAACCUGCAUCACUCAGGAUGCGACGAAGGUCAUUCGCAGUGCUCACCUAACGGGGCUGAGGCCCAUUGUGACCGUAACGUUUGAAGCGCCUGUCAAUACAGAGCGUCAGAAACCCCAGGAGCUGCAGAUUGAGAUGAAAGGCGCCCCUUACCGGCUCCAGGGGCCUUGUGCCAGCGAGGAGGUUUGCCGGAUGUGCUGGUACACACCCAUGCCAAUGACGAAGAGGAGCGUGGUCAUGGAGGUCCUGGUCAAGAGCAAUGGCCUGGGCCUUGAAGUGGACGACAAGAGAUUUGUUAUGAAUAUUAACGGCUACGUGAAGGAAACUGAGACCGGUUUACAAUCUUCCCUAGGAGAGAAGUUCCGUGGGGAAAGCCCUGACUCCUUCCAGCAGCUGCUUUUAUCCUCUCGCCUCUCCAGUCCUUUGUUCUCCAGCUGGGAGAUGUCGCCUAGCUGCCCUGCUGAGAGGUGGAAAAAUCCAUCUCCCUCUGUGCUGCGGGUUGCUAGCAUCAACGUUACAUCACUGGCGGAGAUGAUCUCACUAGACAGCCGGUCUCGUCCCAUUUGGUCCACCUUCAAUCAAGCCCCUGUGCUGAUCCUCGGGGGAUUCCAGGAUUACAAAAUCAUUCUGGUUUCAGACUCGGAGUUUGCGGAUUUCACUGCUGUGGAGGUGGGGAUCGACAGCUGCUGGAUCGGGUCCGUGAACUGCCCCCUGGACUCGUUCUCCUCCUCCAUUUUCGAUGCCAUCGCUACAGAAAGCGUGCUCCUCCUCCGCCAGAACCAGCUGGUCUAUUACUUCACUGGGAACUAUUCAGUCCUUUUUCUUCCUGUGCCGGGAUCCGGCCUCUGGACCCGUGUGCUGAACAACAUCUGCGUGUCACGGUUAAACCCGGUGCACUUCCCCCACAACGACUCCGAGUUCGUGAUUGCUCUUGGAGGGGGCGUGCAAGAAGGAGAAUUCUUCCUUGGCACCAUUCGCGAUGGAGCCGUUCGGUUUCCCGAAUCACACGCCAAGGGGAGGAAGACAGUGUGUGAACAUUUGAAUAUUUCUUGCGCGAUCCUCUGGGCUGUCUACGUCACGGAAGAGGAGAUGAUUGUGCUUCUGGUGGAAGGGAAGAAAAAGAGCAGCAAGUCCAAUUACUACAUCAUGGCCUACGAUCAAGGUCGGUCUGUCGCUCUGGACCGAUACAAGUGUAAAGCCAGCUGCUGUGAAUCAGCGUCCUUCCAUCGAAGUCCGUGGAGCGACGCUGAGGUUCACGUUCUGCGAAUCAGGUCCCUAAGUGGGCUGUGUUGGGGGGCGCAGUGGGGGCAGAAUGUGUUGUCAGAUCCUGCUAGCCCCUGUGCUCAGCAGGGAAGGGCCUCAGGAGGGAUUAAUGGAGAUUUCUGGAUGUUGUACUCCAUCCCUCGCUUCAUACCCAAAGCUAGGAUUUGUGAUGUUGCUGGGACUGGAAGAAUUACACGGAUUCCCCGCUGGAUCCCAAGGGGGCUGUCCUAUAACCCAUUCAGCACAAUCUUCUACAUCUGGGGCAAUGUUAUUUUACAAAGCUACGACCUGGUUAAUUACAUUCAUCUCUCCGACUUCCCCCAGCGAUCCCCCAUCAGCUACUUCAUUCUGUCGUAUGUAGGGGAAUUCGUGUGUGUGACAGUCUCGGAGGAGAUCUGGUUUUCUGUGGAAGGCAGCUCGGUCGUCGUUCGGCUUUACCCCUCCGAACCCUGGGACAUGUUCUUCAGUCUCCAGCUAAUGAGAGGGUCGAAGGACUUUAGCUUCAACGAGACCUUUGUGAGCCUCUUCUUUAACAAGGAGGGGCUGCAGCAGCUGGUUUACAUCCCGGAUGGACACGGGGAGGGAAAGCUGAUCAAGAGGAACUUCCCUCUCCAUUAUAUAUUGUCGUACCGGCACCUCAUCAUCCAUCAAUACCAUUGGCUGUAUUUAGAAGAUUCUCAGUAUAUCAAGUUCUUCCAUCCCUGCUCCUUCUCGGUCAUGCGCCUCGAGGACCUCCCAGCCCCUCAGCGCUUCACCCGGAUGGAGCACUACUGCACCGAGCCGCCGGAGGUCAUGGACAGAACAGGCUUCCACAACAACGUGUCUCUGGCUGUAUACCAGGGACUGAUCUUCCAGCUGCUCUGGCUGCACGCGGACUAUAGCAGGCCUUAUGCUGACCCAGUCCAUGACCCAACUUGGCGCUGGUGGAAAAACAGAAAGCAAUACGGAGAGUAUUUCUUUUACGUAGCGAGCAAUGGCAACUCCUCUGGAGGCGUCUAUGUCGACAUGGAGGGCUACACGAAGAUCUAUGACCUGCAGCCCAAUAACCAGCUGCCCAGCAAGAUUUACCUGGACAAGAAUAACGUCUUUUCUUUCUCAGUGUUCCUGAGCAUCAGGUCAAAGGCACAAAGCAUGGAGGAAAUGCUGGAAGAGAACUCUCUUGAUUUUGUGUGGCUCACCGUUGUCUUAGCGCAUCCGAGGUUUGUGGUUUCAGACCUCCACCGGCACUAUCUGAUGGGCCGGGGCUCCGUGCUGUAUUUGGUGACCAUCAGAGACACCGGCCAGUAUCCGGAACAAGAGCUGAGUGGGACAAAACUUCUGAAGAGUUCAAUGGCUUUAAAGCCUCCUGUCACCUCCUGGGCAAUUGUCCUCCUGCAGGUCCCUGCUGAGUUCACAAAUUCCACCUGCCUGACAUCCCGGUUCCUAGGUGUUCAGUCCUUGGGGUUCCUCUUGUCCCUUCUCUAUUGCUCUGGGCAUGUGAGACAAACACCGCCAUGUCUCCAGCUCUGUCAGGUUGUAAAUUCGGCAACAAAUUGUUACCACUACACGGCGUCCGGCCCCAAACUCCAGGGCUAUGCCAUGGUGCCAAUCUUCAUUGGCUGCCCCCCGGGCAAGAGGCUGGCCUUCGACAUCACCAGAACCCUGAAGUACACCACCAAACAGAACAAGCGGUACUUCGACUGCAUCCACAAGAACCCAGAGCUGCCGUGUUUCUUCUUUAACGAUGUAUUUUACCCCUUCUUCUUGAUCCAAGACAUGGUGACGGGGGACUCAGGACCUUUCAUGGGCAGCUACAUGCUGAGGAUCAUUGGCGGAGGGCCGUACUCGGAGAGCAGGAUCCGCCUCUACAGCCCGAGCGAAAUCCUCGACUAUAACACGGCAAACGGCAGCACACCGCUGAGUCUGAUCUGGAUGAGGGCUAAUCACACAAAACCUGCCCUUACCGAUCCUGAAGGCUUCAAUGUCUUCUCCGGAACCGACUGUGGGAUCAAGUGGAUCUGUGAGCAGAACUCGCCCUGUUACGACGUGGUUCCCUUAGACCUGACAGCUCCAGAUUACUUCUUUUUGGUCGAGGUGUCUAACAGGGCAGUGGACAAGAGCACCUACUGCGACUACGACCUGGAGUUUGUGAUCCACAUUCACGGCUUGCGGCUCAGCCCCUCCCGGGCAAUCGCCUUCAUGAAGAUUUCCAUGGCCGUUCUUACCGGCAUUGUCUUCUUGUACGUCCUCCACCAAGUCCUGGGGCCUGUGAUCGGGGCUGGCUUCACCCGACUCAUCCAAAGGUUUGAAGAGGCCCUAGCUGUUCGCACAGAGUCCAACAUCACCUUCUCCGGCUCUUCCUCCAUCCAAAGUCAGGGGAACUCCCACCACACAUCCCCCUUGUAGACCUGAAUCAGCGGCAACAGCCACCUGCCCUGGCGCAGCCUGGAAGAACCGGCCCCCCAGCGUCCCAUUGUCCCCAUCGCAAGUCCCAACCUGUAUCCAAACGUUCCUUUCCUCUCUGCAGUCCCCAGCAGCCCGAAAGCCCCGCCCCCCCCCCCGCUCCCUGCUUUGGGCUGGGACCUUCUGUCACCGACUUGGCUGAUGAGUCCAGGCAGGCUAGACCCAAGCCGUGGUGGGCGUGCUAUUGCUCAGAUCUAGCAUCUAGCUUUCCUGGCUAAAGCAGAGGGGAUCAGGGCUUUCCACGGUAGCUCUGGAGCAAACUAGUCAGUCAGAACUAUAAAGACCUGAACCCACAGGGCGUUGCUCUAAACGCCUCAGACAGAGAACGGUGGCCGGCCUUUCCCAGUCCAGCUGGAACAGGAGCUCCAUUUGGCCACCCAUUUCGAUGCUCCCGGCCUUAUCCGUGAUGGUACCCAAGCUCCAGGCAUGAUCGGAAGGGCAGCGAGCGGCCGCUCCAGUCUGAGCAGGUUUAGGAGCUCCCGCGCAGUGAGUGGGACCUUUGGAUUCAGGAAUUCCCAUGUCAAAAUCUCUUGCUUUGUUGAACGAAUGAAAAUCUUCCCGUCUUUUUCCGGUUCCUUUUGCAUUUUGCAGCCUUUAGCAGCAUGGCAAGGGGAGACAGGUUGUUUCUGCAGGUGAGUGCAGGAGCCUUUGCUGAGCUGGUCCCUGCACCAGGCUCCAUGGGCCUCACGUCUUAUUUCGGUUGUUCAGUAAACGCCCUCGUCGUCUGGGAGCGGAUCCCGAGUUGGGGAAUUGAAUCUCCUGCUUCCCCCAGAACUGGUGCCGACCACUCCAGGGGAAAUGCUCUGCCCUGGGUUCUCUGAUCUCCAUGCUCCCUGAUGGUCUAAGGGACGGAUCCCCAGCUGAUGUAACUCAGCAUCUCUCUGUUGGGGUUAAUGGGCGAGAUCCCCAGCUGGUGUCAAGCGGAUAUUUACAGCUGCCGUGGAGCUGGCCGCGAGCUGGCUGGGUCCCCGAGGAGCAAUGCCGGGGGGGUAAAUUCACCAGCCAAGCUGACAUUUUCCCACCCAGAGCUUUCUAGCUAUGGGGAGGUUUCUUUCUCGGUGGGAGACUGGGAGCCAGGACUCCUGGGUCCAUCCCAUGUUCUGCCACCAAUUCACUGAGCUCACUCCUAGGGGGUGGGGGGGCUUUGUGCUGCCCAGGAUCCUAUCCUGACACAGGGAGAAACGGAGGGUAGGGUGGCAACAAGCUGGCUCUAUGCCACCCUUCCUCCUUCCGGGAAGAGCAUGCUGAGAUGGGGCUCUGUCUGGGAUGUGAUUUGCAGCUGGCAUAACUAAGAGCAGCCCUGAGGCUGCUGUAAGUUACACCCUGAGCUGGUACUGGGCCAGCUGCGGGGAGAAGAAAGGUGGCUUAAAACCACCACCCCCAUCUCCUGGGCUUCAAGGAGUGUAAAUUUAGCCCACCUGAGGUUUAUUAACACCUGCCUCUCACAUAGCACUUUUCCUCAGUAAAGCCAGAGCAUUACACCCAUUUUACAGAUGGGGAAACUGAGGCACAGAAAGACGCUGCAACCAGCCCAGUGUCAUCCAGCGGGUGAAGCCAGGAAUAGACACCUGCUUCCCUGAAUCCCAGGUGAGCCGGUGACCUGCUUGGCCACCUGCCUGCGCCUUAUACCCUGCCCUUCGCUGGGGAGGAAACAGCUGGCUGUAUCUCUGCCACGGUGCUUUCACAGCAAGGAUAAGAGGCAGCUCCCGUUGCAAUGUCCUGCUGAUAAACGCGCAUCGCAGCCUCCUCUCCGCACUGCCAGGAUUAUCUCCCUGCGGCAGCAGCCUAGCGUCACCGGUGCGUUCCAGCCCUGACCCCGGAGACGCGGCUCUCCAUUCAGCCGCCUCUGUCAGUCCCGGCCUCCCUUUGAUCAGGAGCUGCCAUUUAUCGUCCUAACUGAGAGAUAAAGGGAGCUGCUGUCA